CUCAAAGGCACGCCCUCAUGUCCACGAAGGCAACAAGGAAACCUCACGACUCCUCAGAGAAGUUAUGGAAAUAUAAAAGUUAAAGAUGUGGUAGCAGGAGGAUAAGAAAAGAAACAGGUAUCGUGGAUGGCUGGCACGGAUGCAUUAGCUGGUGCUUGACCUCCCCAUGUCCAGGCCUCUUGGUGACAGAGGUGCGUGUGGCAGAUCCUGGUCUCUCAUGGUGACUGUGCUCUGAGACAGGGGUAACACACAGAAUCAUGGCAGACUAUGGGUACUACCGGGGAACUAUAUUUUUGGCCAUGUUUGUUGGCUACACACUUUACUACUUCAACAGGAAGACAUUCUCCUUUGUUAUGCCUUCUGUCAUGGAGGAAAUUAAGAUGGACAAAGAUGAUUUGGGCAUGAUCACUAGUAGCCAGUCCUUGGCCUAUGCCAUCAGUAAGUUCAUCAGUGGAGUGCUGUCAGACAAGCUCAGCGCUCGUUGGCUCUUCUCCAUCGGUCUGUUCUUUGUGGGAGGCAUCAAUGUGGUCUUCUCCUGGUCCUCCACUGUAGCUGUCUUCUCCACGCUGUGGUUCCUCAACGGUCUGGGACAGGGCCUGGGCUGGCCCCCCUGUGGGCGGCUGCUACGGAAGUGGUUUGAGCCGUCUCAGUUCGGCACAUGGUGGGCCGUCCUGUCCUGCAGUAUGAACCUGGCUGGGAGUGUGGGUCCCAUCGUGGCAUCUGUGCUGGCCCAGAGCUGCAGUUGGAGGACCAUCCUGUCUGUGUCUGGGAUCAUCUCUGUUCUCGUGUCCUUCAUCUGUCUGGUGGUCAUUAAGAAUGAACCCAAAGACGUGGGGCUGCCCAACAUUGAGGCGGCCGCCAAGAAAACCAAAGGAGGGCCCUCGACUGAAAGCACACUGUCCGAGUUCCUGCUCUCUCCGUACCUGUGGCUGCUGUCAGUCAGCUACCUGGUGGUGUUUGGAGUCAAAACUGCAUGUAGUGACUGGGGCCAGCUGUUUUUGAUCCAGGACAAGGGGCAGUCAACACUCAUGGGUAGCUCUUACAUCAGUGCUCUCGAGGUUGGAGGCCUUCUGGGCAGUAUAGCUGCAGGCUACUUCUCUGACAAAGCUGUGGCUAAACAAGGCAUGAAGAUCUAUGGCAAUCCUCGUCACUUCCUCCUCCUUGUGAUGAUGGCGGGAAUGUAUGUGGCCAUGUUUCUCUUCAGGAUCACAGUCACCCCUGACUCCUCCCAGGUAUUUGACUUGCCUCCUGCUUUUACAGUUACUACAAUUACUAUCCUCGCUGUUCAGUUGCCAUUAUAUAUGUCUCUCUUUCAGCUGUGGAUUCUCACUCUUGGGGCAGUUUUUGGGUUUUCCUCCUAUGGACCUAUUUCUUUGUUUGGAGUUAUUGCCAAUGAAAGUGCCCCAUCCAAUUACUGUGGUACAUCGCACGCUAUUGUUUCCCUCAUGGCCAAUAUUGGGGGCUUCCUUGCCGGUCUGCCUUUUAGCACCAUUGCCAAGCACCACGGCUGGGAGACUGCGUUCUGGGUGGCAGAGGUCACCAUUGGGCUCUGUACUGUAGUAUACUUCCUAUUGCGCAAUAUUCAAACCAAGAUGGGUGCUUUACCAAAGAAAGAAGACUGAAGCGUGACUCUGAUACCUUUAAUGGACCAAAGGCGUAUUGUCAUAGUGUUUUUAUAUUUUUCUACCAGUGUUAUUUUCUCAGGACAAUAGUAAAAAUGUAGAAAACAUUCAGGAAUGCAGGAAUUUCCACUGUAGCCAUGUUUUCUUCAUUACCUCAAAAAUCUAAUUUAUGACAUUUUAAUAUACCUUUUUUUUUUUUUUCCAAUAAUGAAGAUGAAAUAACAGUGUCAAUUAUGUUAUUGUGAGUUUUAUGAGUAAAUGGAUCAUGAGUGCAGAGUAGCAAAUGCAGAAUGAUGGGAAAGUGAAUGAAAUAUAGAUUUUUGUUGGUGCUUCAUGUGAUACCACAAUAUUGUCAUUAAAAAUUAUGUCUUAAUAAUAAUUAAGUAUGUAUCUCACAUUUAGAGUAAUAGAACGUUUAAUCUGUAUUUGUUUUGUAAAUAAACAAAUAAAAAUAGAUUUGGAACCACAUAAAGUCACCACAUCACAUAUGUUAGAGAAGGUUUUGAAACAUUUUGACAGUCAUCCAGCAGUGCUUCGUACCACUCCUGGGCAAUGGUGGAUUAGUACUCACUUACAUUUACUUGAGUAACUUGUUGGUAAAUUGUACUUUUCUACUUGUGAAACAUUUUUAUUGACUGUUAUCUUACUUGAAUAAAUGUUUUGGUUACUCAUCCCACUGUCAAUAAGUUGACAUCACUGUGAUAAAAACUUUGUUGACAAUAUAAAUACUAAAUCAAAUUUCACAAACUUUUCUUGGACCGCUCCUCCAGAUAUGAUUUGGUUUUCCCUUUUUUGUGAUCUAUCUUCUUAAAAUACUAGGAUGAAUUUUGUGCAUUAUUUAAUAUUUUGUUCUUCCAAUUACAUUCACUUCAAAAUAUAAAUCAGCUUCACCCUGA